UCCUCCGUGGCUAGGGUACUACAUCUGCCACUACCAUCAGCAGCAGCAGCGCUGCUUCUUGAUGUUGUGGUCGGAAAUACGCAUGCGCCCGGCAUUGGAAUUACUGCACUGGCAAGAAUAAGUUGGACCUCGUCUGUCUUCACCAAAAGAAAAAUAGACAUAACAUAAGUAUGGCAGUGUUCAGAAUAAGAAGAAUGAGGUGUUUUUGCGUCUGGCUGUUCCCUCUCGUAGUGACCGUGAUGUGCGCCCAAAGUGCCGGUGCCAAUAGUAAUAUGUCGUUGGUUAAAGAAACGGUGGAUAGACUGUUGAAAGGUUAUGAUAUACGAUUGAGGCCAGAUUUCGGAGGUCCUCCGGUUGGAGUGGGAAUGAACAUAGACAUAGCCAGCAUAGACAUGGUAUCAGAAGUCAAUAUGGACUACACAUUGACGAUGUACUUCCAGCAGGCCUGGCGAGACAAACGGCUGUCCUACUCUGAGAUCCCUCUCAACCUGACCUUAGAUAACCGGGUGGCUGAUCAGCUCUGGGUCCCCGACACCUACUUCCUCAACGACAAGAAAUCGUUCGUCCACGGUGUCACAGUGAAAAAUAGAAUGAUCCGACUGCACCCGGACGGUACCGUACUGUACGGCCUAAGGAUCACGACCACGGCUGCUUGUAUGAUGGACCUGAGAAGGUAUCCACUGGAUGAGCAAAACUGCACACUCGAGAUAGAGAGUUAUGGCUACACUACAGAUGACAUUGAGUUCUACUGGCGAGGAGGAAACAAGGCUGUGACAGGGGUGGACAGGAUCGAACUGCCCCAGUUCGACAUUGUGGAUCAUAAUCUAAUCUCCAAGAACGUCGUCUUCUCCACAGGAUCUUACCCUCGUCUGUCCCUAAGUUUUAAGCUGAAGAGAAACAUCGGGUACUUCAUCCUGCAGACAUACAUGCCUUCUAUACUUAUCACCAUCCUCUCCUGGGUCUCCUUCUGGAUCAACUAUGACGCCUCUGCUGCCAGAGUGGCUCUAGGUAUUACCACGGUGCUCACCAUGACUACCAUUAACACCCACCUGAGAGAAACCCUCCCCAAAAUCCCCUAUGUCAAGGCUAUAGACAUGUACCUCAUGGGCUGCUUCGUCUUCGUCUUCCUGGCUCUGUUGGAGUAUGCGCUGGUGAACUACAUCUUCUUCGGACGGGGCCCUCAACGUCAGAAAAGAGCAGCUGAGAAACUUACUACAGCUAACAACGAAAAGAUGAGGAUGGAUCCAAACAAGUGGUUGGUGGGUAAUGUAGUUGGCAGAGAUGAUACUCUGUAUGCAAGAAUGAAACAAAGGGAUCUUGAUGGUCACGACUCGAUGUGGGAACCAAUCUUUGUGGAUGACGGAGCAAUUGGACUUGGCGAUCAAAGGAAUAAGAUGGACCCACAUGAAAACAUCCUUCUGGGCACCUUGGACAUCAAGAACGACAUGGGCGUUACAGAGCUGGCGCUGGGUCUCAAUGACCCACGAAAUACUAUGCUGACAUACGACAGCUCAACUCUACAGUACCGCAAAGCAGGGCUUGCCAGGCACAACUUUGGCCGAAACACGCUGGAGGUCCACAUGACUCAAAAGAAGAGCCGACUACGGAGGCGUGCUUCACAGCUAAAGAUCACCAUCCCAGACUUGACGGACGUAAACUCUAUUGACAAAUGGUCAAGGGUGAUCUUCCCAACUGUCUUCUCCUUCUUCAACAUUGUUUACUGGCUUUACUAUGUCAAUUAAAAGAAACAAAGGACAUCAGUGAGGGCAAGAACAAACAGUAAAAUAUGUUGCUCAUUUGUUGUUUGUAUCUGGUUUGUUUCAUUUUUAUGUGAUCUUGUAAAACUGGACUGAAUUACUAUAUUCAGGUCUGGAUCCAUCAUAUCUUGGAAUACCACGUUUGCUGGCUAACACGUGAAAACCUUAUAGGAAAGAGAUUACAAACAUAUAAGGUGCCUGUUCCCAAGCAAUUGUUUAAAUUUUACAUAUUUGUGAGUUGUAUAUCUUGACAUUUUUUUUAAGUGUUUGUUUGCAUAGUUUUUUUUUAAUGUUUUUUUUAUGUUGGAUUGCAGCAUACACAAUUCAUUGCCAAAAUAUCAUAUCAGUCAGAUACAAAUUUACAAGAUGACAUAUUUAAAAUGACCGUUUACUUUCACUGAAACUACUUAAAAAGUGCUGAAGCAAGUUCAGGUCAUCAGGGUUUUCUAAGAUCAUGUAUAUCAAUGUACUCAAAUUCAUUUCUUACUAAUAUUAUAAGGGUCUGAAGUUCACAAUUUACAAUAUCACGUAGUGUGAAAGAAAUUUCAGAUCAACCUUUUUCUACUUUAAUAUACUGGCAGCCCUAUAUCAUUUACUUCUAAGCAUUUCCUCAGUUCAUAAACCAUUUUAAUAGGGCGGCAUUAAGUAAUAUCAACUAAAAACAUUCCAAAACUUCCAGGUCUUAACUCAGAUUGCACUCAAGAAGCCUGUUGAAGGUCAAAAAUGGUAUAAUGUAAAAAAGCAUAUAGCUAAUACAGUCAAUUUGUAUUGUCAUUAGUGUGUUGUGUCCACUGUGUCUGUUGGAAGAGAGUGAAGAACAAAAAGGGACAGAAUACAUAUAUAAAUAUGUCUUUAGCCAAAUUACUUUACUUUAUAUAUUAUUAUAAUUAUAAUAUUGGACUUCACCCCAAAGUGCAUAUACACAGUGCAGAUGUCUUUGAGGAUGACUGUGUGGUUUAGUCUUUAACUGUAUAUGUAAAUAUCACCUGUAUACCUUUUAUUAUAUGAAUAUGACCAAAAGAAAUCCCUCUUUAGCUCUCUGUUCUCCCUUUCUUGGAUACAUAUUUACAACACUGAUAAAAAACAACUAGUUCACAACUGCUGAAAAGGCACUUUUUUGAUAAUUUGUUGAUGGUUCGAGAGGAACACAGAUGGAAAAGCUAAAAGGACUCAAUUGGUCCACAGAAAGACCAGAAUGCAAAAAAAAGAAAAAGCACAAAAAACGUUCAAAUAUCAGCUUUUUACACCAUUCUUUCAAUCUCAUUUUUAUAUGCAGAUGAUUUUCCCUUUUGUUGCCAAUAACUUCAUUUAUUGCAUCCGCCUCCCAAACUUGAAUAUUAUAGUUACCGUCGGUUUAAAACCUAUUAGUCAUGAAAUGUUUCCAGAUUGAAAAUGGGUUGAUGAUCACAGAGCUCAAAAGCCGUAAAUCCAAAAUGAACGUAUAACAGAUAGUUUCAGAUUAUUUACUCGUGAUGCUGUCCUUUUGACCGUAUGUUCGCAAAGUCGGUUUUAUAAAAGAUUUUGCACACAGGUUGUUAAAAGCCAUAGAGGCUGUAUGGUAGUUCUUCUAAUACCUGGGUGCUUAGGGGGGUGGGGGGGGGGGGGGCUGUUUUAGGAGGAACUUUAUUAAUAUGACUACGAUCACACUUUAUGUUUCAGUUAAGGUUAAAAUGUAGAAAUACAACUAGGGCUGCAAUACACAAAAGUGUCAUCUCCCUCUCCCAAUAGAUUCGCACCACUGUCUGUAUGAAUGAAUUCUGCCGUUUGGCCCCUUUUUCCGCAUACAAGUACCAAAUCAUUCAUCAACGGAGAGAAGAUAACUCCACAUAUCUUUCAAAGUCACACUGAAAUGAUAGCAACUACAGCCUUUAUCUACUUUGUCUCACGUGCUUAUUUCAAGUUCACCGAAAACAACAAAGAUCUAACUCUAACUAAGGAUUUGUCCUGGUAUGCCAUUCAUUCUGAUUGUGAAGGUGUGAGUGCACACUGAAACAUUAUUAUUCAAAUUGUUUACUUAAGAUGUAGCCACAUACCGUAAUGUCUCACUGCAUGCUCUGUACAGUACUAACUCCUUUAUAUUCUGUUUUUGCUCACUUUCUCCUUUCUCGCUGAAUUGUUUCAUUUCAUUUGUGCUUUUUUCUUUUGUGUUUAACUCGCUUCACAAAUGAGCAUUCAUAAGUCUGUAAUUACAAUUUAUAAUAAGUACGUCUGAUUGGUGUUUCAAAUAUUGAUGAUGUUAUUAAGAAUAUUUACAUUUUUUCUAAAAAGCAUUUACGUAACAGUUAGAACCGUUUUAAGAAUGACACAAUGAUGCACUUUCACAAGCACUGCCCAGUAACUGAAAUGUAAACUUUGAUUGAACAGUGCAAUUAGUUCUAACUGACAAUAACCUCACUGGUGUUUACUCGCUAUUCAUCAAAAUGAACCAUUUUAACAUUGUGUUGAUCUCGGUAUUGAAAACUGCGCAUCGUGUGUAAACUAUAAUGUUUUGUUUUGACAGUUUUUUAAUAGUUCUGGUGAUUACGUCAAACACAAUUCUUCUCAUUUUUCUUGUUUUUUAAUGUUUGUUCAUUUUGUAAGUAUGUUUAAAAAGUACACAUGUGAAGGGAUCUAGAUAGAUUAUCUACUAAAGACCUGAUUAUUGGCAUUGUACAUUUUUCUAUAGAUAAGAAUGAGUUGAACUCAAAUUUGGGAUCAUGUCUCAAAAAACAUAUUUAAAUAAGUAUGUAUAUAUAUAUCAGAUAGUAUAUUAUUAAUCCUAAAUUUGGAACAUAUUAUUCCUGUAAAUAAAUACCUAUGAGCUUUCAACAGAAAGGACAAAAAGGACAUUUUCAAUAUAAUUUGUAAUGUUAAGAGAAUGCAAAGGCUGAUGUGAAACAAUGUAAAUAGUAUAUUUUGCAGUGUCACUUGAUCACUUUUUGAUUUUUUUUGCUCUAUUGGUUUUGCCAAAAUGUAACAUAUAUUCAUGAAUGUAGUUGAUAUUCUUUUGCAGCAUGUAUUUGCUGUGAUGUGUCAGCAAAAGUAUUACAAUUUCUUGUACCAAUGAUCAGCUAAAUACAGCGUAAUGUACACCACCUUUUCAAACACACACAUACACACACACACACACGCACACACUCACACACUCUCACACACAAAGGGUCAAGUGAUAAAGAGGCUAGCAAUGCCUUUGUAUUAGCCCCGAAAGCCAACCAUCUCAGGUCAGCACAAUUCACACUACUAACAACAUUACAACCACAAACUACACUUUCCAACUCAAGAAUUGGACUUAAGGAAAAGUACCUUAAUGAGCUUGUUCCAGAUGUAAUUUGCUUUCUGUUUAACACAAGUCCAAUAAUACUGCAUCCGGUACACAUUUACAGUACUAACAGUACACAGGUACCCUUUUUCACGAUUGGCAAAAUCUAAACACCUUCAAAAUAUUUUAAAAGCCAUUAAGGUACUCAAUCCACCUCAGCCAUAGACAUGUCUCAACCUACCCAAAAUAAAUAUAUUUCUUAAUUUUCAGAAAAAUACUGUAUGUGUGUAUGACAUGGUGUAUUUGAGUGUGAGAGUGUGUAGUGGAUGUAUGUUGGCCAGGCUGCGAUGUGUUUCCAAAGCACACCGGCAACUGGCAAGAAAGGUCUGCUUCAUAAGUUCUACACUUUGGAUAUGUGUUUGUACUUCACAGCGCUUUUUUGUUUCAUAUAUUUUUAUACUUCUAUACUCCUGUGUAAAAAAAGAAAAAAAAA